AUGAGCAUUCAUCUCAUCUUCACUGUCGCCGCCGUCUUCGGUAGCUAUCUUGUGAUUAGAGCGUUUCACAAAUUUCAUAGUCUUCGAACUGCUUCUAACGUUAUUCUGGUAAGUUUGUCAACAGCUGACGGUUUACUGGCGAUUCCUUUGAUUUUCGGCAUCGUCCAAAUGAGUCUUAGACUGUUAAACGGCUCUGAUGCUGAGUGUAGCUCCGGUCCUCUUGGAAAAAUAACCUUCAUAUCCAGCUUCUUUCUCAUCUCCGUUAUAAUUCUUCACCUCGCGUUGAUAAGCGUAGAACGUUUAAUCGCCGUGAAGUUCGCCUUAAGAUACCACACCAUAGUAACCAAUCCUCGAGCACUGAUCGUUGCCUUGGCGAUGUGGUUUUUGCUGCGACCGUUACGAUAA